AUGUCUGAUUAAUAAAUUAAAUCUCUCCAGUGUGCAGCUAUAGAAACACAAGCCUAUUAUGAUGUGUAUUGGCAAAUACCCUCAAAGUAAGCAGCUGCAUACAAUAUGCUUCUCGAUAAAUUCAACAGUCUUAAGGCAAAGGUUGAGGCUGAUUUUGAUUUCAUUCCACUUCACCCUCAAAUAUUAGAGAUGAUAAAUUAUUUCAAUCAAACUCAAACCUCUGAAAUCCCACAAAUCAAAGAGACCGAUCAAACUUUAUUCUUAGGACCUCCCUCACGUGAUCCCAGUCAACAUUACAAUAGAUCUAUUUAGAGAAUUUGUUCUCAAUUACUAAAUGAGAAUCUCCUGGAGGAUUUGGCUGACUUCACAGUUGAAAAGCAGGUAUUCCAGAAUCUGAAUUACAUACUCAAAUGUAAGGGCCUAACCACUGUCAACAUGUAACCAAUUACAAUUCCAGUACUUAAUAAUUAUCCCCUCUGGUUUAGUGAAGGAUUGGUAAAAACACUCGAAGGCUAUUAAAGUGGGAACUUAGUGACUGCAGAAAUUGACUUUCUCACAGAAUAACAAAUAAAAUUCGUUCAUUCAAGCUUAAAAUACAAAGAUUCUAAGAUAAAAUAAAAAAAUAGCAAUAGAAGCAAAAAUGACCAGAAUACAGUGUCACCACCUAAUAACUUGCCUCAAGUACGUUAUUCAGAGAUGGAAACUCAGUAAUCCUAAUCUUAAUAGAACUUUUAUUCCACACAAAUCAAACCUAGAACCAAAAGUAUCCUCGUAUCCAAUUGGUUUCAUUUCAAAACUUACACAAAUCUAAGACCCAGAGACACUCCAAAUUAAAUCAAAAGACACAAGGCAGUAUCAUGUUCCUAAGUAGAUCUCCAGACUCCCUUCAGCCCAUUAAAGCAGAGUCCCUAUAAUUUAAAGGCUAGCGUAAAGCCAAGAUGGUUUGAGCAUAUUUAUUAAAAAUGA